AUGUACGUAUCUUUAUCACUUCGUUGUGUAUACCUUCGAGAGGCAGCAUUGGAUUUGUUAGAUCGUUUAUUGGAGCUGGAUCCUCGAAAGCGAAUGACGUCAAGACAAGCGCUGCAGCAUCCGUGGUUGAAAGACCUCAAUCCGAAUGCCAUUGAACCACCGAAAUUACCGGAUUGGCAAGAUUGUCAUGAAAUGUGGUCGAAGAAACAACGGAAAAAUCGUGCAAGUGGCAUUAUGUCGGCUGCAUCAACCUCAUCUCAGUCGCAUUCGAUCCCUCCGCCCGUACAACAUCACUACUCAUCACGCCCUUCCACUUCUUCGUCGCACCAAGUUCGUGAAACGAAAUCGUAUUUUUUAAAUUUCAUUUCUCAAAAAGGAUUUUUUUCGCUUGAAACGUUCUCAUAA